UGUGAAUGCCACCUUUUUGAGCUGCUUAUAGCUGUAUAUCAGUAUAUAUAAGACAACAAAAGGGUUCAGAGAAAUGGACUCUUUGUUUGUUGCUGAGUGGUGACCAUAUAACAACCGCUUCUUCCCGCAUUUCGCACUUUUCCUUAGUCUCUGUGUGUCUGAGAGAGAGAGUCUGGGGAGAAAAUGGAAGCUAGCUCAGCUUCCAAGUGGUUUUUGCUCUGUAUGGUUUUGUUUCUGAGUCUUCAGCUGGCGCAGUGCAGUGUCACCUAUGAUAGGAAAGCACUCGUCAUUAAUGGGCAGAGGAAAAUUCUUUUUUCUGGCUCUAUACACUACCCCAGAAGCACCCCUGAGAUGUGGGACAGUCUAAUACAGAUAUCCAAAGAUGGUGGCUUGGAUGCUAUAGAUACCUAUGUGUUUUGGAAUGUUCAUGAACCUUCUCCUGGCAAGUAUAAUUUUGAGGGGAGAUUUGAUUUGGUUCGGUUUAUCAAGAUGAUUCAGAAAGCAGGACUAUACGUGCAUCUUCGCAUUGGACCUUAUGUUUGUGCAGAGUGGAAUUUUGGGGGGUUUCCUGUUUGGUUGAAGUAUGUUCCAGGCAUUAACUUUAGAACAGAUAAUGAGCCUUUCAAGUUGGCAAUGCAAAAAUUUACCCAGAAAAUUGUUACAAUGAUGAAGGAUGAAAAUCUGUUCGCGUCUCAAGGUGGUCCCAUCAUCCUCUCACAGAUAGAGAAUGAAUAUGAGCCUGUAAGCAAGGCAUUUGGAACUGCCGGCCAUGCAUACAUGACCUGGGCUGCAAAGAUGGCUGUUGGAAUGGGUACUGGGGUCCCAUGGGUAAUGUGCAAGGAAGAUGACGCCCCUGACCCAAUGAUAAACACGUGCAACGGUUUCUAUUGUGACUACUUCUCCCCAAAUAAACCUUACAAACCCACACUAUGGACUGAGGCCUGGACUGGCUGGUUUUCAGAAUUUGGUGGCCCCAUUCACCAUCGACCUGUUGAAGACUUGGCAUUUGCAGUUGCUCGGUUCAUUCAGAAGGGAGGCUCCUUUGUAAAUUAUUACAUGUACCAUGGAGGAACAAACUUCGGAAGAACUGCUGGUGGCCCUUUCAUUACAACCAGCUAUGACUAUGAUGCUCCAAUUGAUGAAUAUGGCUUGAUAAGGGAGCCCAAGUAUGGCCAUCUGAAGGAACUCCAUAUGGCUAUCAAGUCAUGUGAGCGAGCUUUGCUUAAUGCUGACCCUACUAUCACAUCCUUGGGAAAUUAUGAAAAGGCACAUGUAUUCUCUUCCAAGUCGGGAGACUGUGCAGCUUUUCUCUCAAAUUACAAUUCUAAGUCAGUUGCAAGGGUGACUUUCAAUAACAAGCACUACAACCUACCACCCUGGUCCAUAAGCAUCCUUCCUGAUUGUGAAAAUGUUGUCUUCAACACUGCCAAAGUUGGAGUUCAGACAUCCCAAGUGCAAAUGUUGCCUACAAAUGUUGAUUUUUCUCCAUGGGAUACAUUUAAUGAAGACAUAUCCCUGGCCAAUGAUGAUUCAACAAUCAGUGUCAUUGGUCUCUUGGAGCAGUUGAACGUCACUAGAGAUGCUAGCGACUAUCUCUGGUACACAACCAGCGUUGAUAUUAGUUCAUCAGAACCAUUCCUGCAUCAAGGCCAACGCCCAACUCUCACUGUGCAUUCAACUGGCCAUGUCAUGCAUGUCUUCACUAAUGGGAAAUUUUCAGGCUCGGCUUUUGGGACUCGGGAGAGCUUGAGAUUUACUUUUACAAGGAAUGUUGACCUGAAGCCUGGAACAAACAAAAUUUCACUACUCAGUAUAGCUGUUGGAUUGCCAAACAAUGGUCCACACUUUGAGACGAGGAACACAGGAAUCCUUGGACCAGUUGUCAUACAUGGGAUAGACCGGGGAAAUAGGGAUUUGUCCUGGCAUAAAUGGUCAUACAAGGUUGGGCUUAAAGGAGAAGCCAUGAAUUUAUGUUCUCCUAACUCUAUAUCAUCAGUUGAUUGGAUGCAAGGGUCCUUAGUGGCAGAGAAACAGCAGCCUCUGACAUGGUAUAAGACCCAUUUUGAUGCACCGAAAGGAGAGGAGGCCUUGGCUUUGGACAUGAGUAGUAUGGGGAAGGGCCAAGUGUGGAUCAAUGGGGAGAGCAUGGGAAGAUAUUGGAAUCUCUAUGCUAAUGGUAAUUGCAGUGGAUGCAGUUAUUCCGACACAUUCCGGCCUACAAAGUGCCAAUUUGGUUGUGGCCAGCCAACUCAAAAAUGGUACCAUGUUCCUCGGUCAUGGUUGAAGCCAACUAAAAAUCUGUUGGUAGUAUUUGAGGAAAUAGGUGGAGAUCCCUCUAAAAUUGCACUUGUAAAAAGAUCAGUUACAAGUAUUUGUGCCAAGGUAUCCGGGGAUCACUCAAACAUUAACAACUGGCAUAUUGAGAGAGAUGGCAAAUCUGAAGGUCUAGACAUGCCAAAGGUUAGACUACAUUGUGCAGGCGGGCAGUUCAUUUCUGCAAUUAAAUUUGCAAGUUUUGGAACUCCAUCCGGGACUUGUGGUAGUUUCCAGCAUGGGACGUGUCAUGCCCCAAGCUCUCUAGCUGUCUUUGAGAAGAAAUGCGUAGGUAAGCAGAAAUGCAUGGUGACCGUAUCAAACAGCAAUUUUGGUGCAGACCCAUGUCCAAACAUAUCAAAAAAAUUAUUGGUAGAAGCUGUUUGUGCCCCCACAGAUGACACAACUGCCACACCCAAUUAAGGGGUUUGAGAAGAAGAAAAGGAAUCCUAACUUCAUACCAGAAUUGGAACAGUUGUAUUCAUUUCAAUCUGCAUUGGAAAACC